AUGGGGUCAACACAGUUUGGGAAUUUCGAUAACUUCUGUCGAGAUUCGACGCUUCCAGUCUGCAAUGUGCUAUCGGACUUCCAUAACCAGACGGGGCCAUGGGGGGGCUGCGAGUUGACUGGAAUCCCACUAUCAGACGGAAGGUUCCUGGGAAAUCUAGGCUCCAUCUUGUUGUCGGGCAUUGCAAUUGCUGCUAGCAUCUUCCUGCUUUUGCGGUCCGAGAGAAAAAGGGCAGCUGUCGGACGGAGGGAGAUGCAAGCAUUUCUCGCUGGCUACAUCGUAAUCUCGAUAUGUGAAAUCUUUACCAUCGGAGAAUUCCCCUUGAGCAACCGGGUGCGAAUUGCUUUCUCCGGCAUCCAUAUUGGAUUCAUCAUUGCGACAACAUGGAUCCUGUUGCUCAACGCAGUGAUAGGAUAUCAACUAGUCGACGACGGAACGCCACUCUCUAUGGGGAUCUUGCUCGCCACGGCAGCUGCGCUACUCAUCGGAACUGGCUACAUCGCUCUGGACACGGGGUUUCAAUGGACAGGAUACUGGAAUUCCAGCUACCAGCUGCCGAACCGGAACAUAGCGCUCUAUGUGCUGUACCAGCUUGCGCCACUGGUAUUCAUCGUCGGCUUCUUCGUGCUUGAGACGAUUCUGGUUCUCAGGGUCCUCAGAGAGACGAUGCCCAUGGUUUACCUGGCUGGAGCUGCCGUCCUUUUCGCGCUAGGCCAGAUCUUCACCUACGUCGUCAGCCCCCACAUCUGCACCGGCACGGUGGGAAAGAUUGACGGUUCGCUAUUUGAGACGCUAUUCACGCUAUUGUCAGUCGUGACAAUCUGGUUCUUUUGGUCCAGCAUUACCGAGGACGAUUGGCCGAUGCCAGUCGGCAACACGUUCCCAUGA